CAACACCCCUUAUUUUUGGUCUAUAUAGCCAGAUAUUUACAUAUCAUUUGUGUAGUACCUACACAUAAACCACACUUCCCCUGUUUAGUUUCUCUGCCUUAAACAGAUUCUCCAACCUCCUACCACCGCAACCAUGUCGGUGAAAGACUGCAGCCACCACAAGGACAGGCGUAGGAAGCUCAUCCGCCGCUUUUGCGCCGGCCUCCUCAUCUUCAACCUCAUCCUCCUCAUCAUGAUUCUCCUAGUCUGGGCCAUCCUUCAGCCCAAGAAACCCCGAUUCAUCCUCCAAGACGCCACCGUCUACGCCUUCAACGUCUCCGCCCCCAAUUUCGUCACCUCCACCAUCCAAAUCACCAUCUCCUCCCGAAACCCUAACGACAAGAUCGGAAUCUACUACGACAAGCUAGACGUCUACGCCAUCUACCGCAGCCAACAAAUCACCUACUACACCGGCAUACCACCCACCUAUCAAGGCCACAAAGACGUCAACGUUUGGUCGCCGUUUAUUUCCGGUGUUAACGUGCCGGUGGCUCCGUACAACGGCAUCGCUCUAAGUCAAGAACAGGCCGGUGGAUCCGUGCAGUUGAUCAUCAAGAUCGAUGCACGGGUCAGAUGGAAAGUUGGGACCUUCACAUCAGGAAAGUACCGUCUCCACGUCAAGUGUCCGGCGUUUCUCACUUUCGGUAGCCAGACCACCGGAAUUGUUGUCGGUAACGCCAUUAAGUACCAGCUGGUCCAGAGGUGCGGCGUCAGUGUCUGAUCCAGUUAAUUAACGCCGUUAAUUAACUAUUGGCUUCUCUCUAUGUGAGGUUGUUAAUUUACGUAUGUUUUGUUUUUUUAAAAUAUUUUCUGUUUAUGUUCUGUAGUGGUAUACCACGAGGGUGAAAUUGUACAUUUUGCUAGUGUUGAAUAAAUUUAAAAAGGAAAUGAAAAAGGAAACAAAUAGCAAAAUUUACAACCUUGUUGUAUGAUCGAUUUUUAAGUGUCGGUUAUAAGAAAUUUGAUUUAAUAAAAGUCAAGUGGCCGGUUCGUAGUUGUUGUGUCA